GGAAGUGGGAGGAGGGAACGCUCUCACUUCCUCUGGCUGUUUUCUGGUCGUUUGUAACAGCAGCAGCAUCAGACAAGGGAUAACCUAAUGAUGGAAGAAUUUGAAGACGGCGAAGCUCCUCCUGCUGGGGAUCUGGUUCAAUGUAACACCUGUAAAAGAUCCUUCAAUCCUAAAGUCUUGGAGAAGCAUGCUAAAAUCUGCCAAAAGUCAGCAGCUAAAAGGAGGAAGGUUUUUGACUCCAGUAGACAGAGAGCUGAAGGCACAGACAUCCCUGUACUCAAACCCAUCAAACCAAAGUCACAAAGUUCAUCUUCUUCUGAGAAAGCAGAGCCCCCUAAGAAGCCGUCCAACUGGCGCAAGAAACAUGAGGACUUCAUCAACACCAUCCGAGCUGCUAAGGCCCUCACUCAGGUCAUGAAGGAUGGGGGACCUUUACCCCCACCUCCUCCUCCUACUUACGACCCAGACUAUAUCCAGUGUCCUUACUGUCAGCGGAGGUUCAACCAGAGUGCCGCUGACAGACAUAUUAAGUUCUGCCAGGAACAGGCCGCCCGUAUGCCGAACAAGAGCAAGAUAGGAGAUACCAAGAAACCUCCUGCACGCACACAGUACAAGCCUCCUGCUUCUGUAAAGAAGGCCAACCCUCCUGCUGUGUCAACCAUCCCUUCAGCCUCCUCCCGUUUACCUCAGAGGUCAGGCUCUGGACAGUCCACCGGAAUCCCUUCUAGUAAGAUCUCCUCUGCAGGUUCAUUGAGGAGUAAUCCCUCCGGCCUCACAAGCCCUCCAUCAGGGGUGGGAAGUAAGACCCGAGCAGCGAGCUCUGGCUACAGCUAUGGGAGGAACACUCAGUCUGGACUAGGACUCAACAAGAAGAAAGUAGACAACUACAUAGCUAGGAAUGAAGUCGAUGGUGAGAACGAAGUCGGCAAUGGUGGAAUGAAGAGCAAGUUCUGUCACGCUUGUGGGACCAAGUACCCCGUUGAAUCUGCCAAAUUCUGCUGCGAGUGUGGGAUCAGGAGGAUGUGUAUCUGAUGGAGGUCAGAAGAAGGAGAAAGUAGAGGAAAGUAGGGAUGGACAGGUACGCAGAAUAGCAUCAGAGGGUUUCACCAAAGCUUAUAAGAAAUUUAAAAUUCAUAUCCGUCUGUAUUUUCACACUUCGGUCUAGUUUCACGGCAGUAAAGUGAUGAUAUUGAUCAACAACCUUACAGUUCUCUGUUUUGUUUCUAAUUGUUGUUCAGUCUUCAUAUUAAGGCUAAGGGUUACCAUUGGUGAGUACUAUUACCUGCCCCUUUAAUGACACAACACAAUAGCCAUAGUUUAUCAUAAAUGCUGCAUUUAGUUACUCAGAUUUUUUUUGUUUGUUUUGAGGCUGAUGGAUCUCAGUGGUGAUCUUGAAUAAAGUUCUGUGAAACUGCGAUGAAGUUCAUAUCAGAAGGUGGCUGAUGGCUGAAACAGGCACAACUCAUGCAGUUCAUUAUUUUUAAUUACCUUACCUCUUACCACCGAUUUCGUCCACAACAUCCCUGCUGUUGCACAUGACCAUUACUGCUGUGAAACUAGAGGUUAUAGGGAUUCAUUUGUAAUGAAGAAAAUUAUUAAUUCGUUCAUUGAAUUAAUUAAUUGAUAAUUAUUCUUUCAGUCAUUGGAUCCUAAGUAAGGAGGUCUUAAAAAACGAAAUUUUAUUGUCACUGGUCAUCAGUUAUAUAGAGCAGAGUCGGUAUCAGCAACUGAGAGCUAUUGGUGCAUCCUAAGAAGAGAAUAGAGGACAGAGAAGUAAGAGUAGAUAAAAGCAAGGAGGUGGAUUGUAAAAUGCGAAAAAAGGAGGUUAAUUAAUAGUGUUGGGUGAGUCGUUAGAGGUGGGUGUGAUUGCCCCUGUAUCUUGAGCCCCAGUCAACCGUGGUCUGAACUGCAUUACUUAGUCCCAUCUGCCUCUGCUUCCUCACAAACAGAAUAUGUUCCUAUUGAUGUGCAAUAUGAUUGACUACUGAAGAAAACAAUGUGUUUUUUUUCCUGUUUUUUUUUUAAAGGAAAUGUUUUGGAAUUUUGGGAAGAUAUCGCCUUGUAUUGACAGGGACCAGUACAAAAAUGAACAAACUGUCAAAGGUCAGCACUCCCUUUAAGGUCACUUUACAGGCAAAGGUUGUUUCCAUCUCCCGUCAUGUUACUGUUGUAGGCCUGAUGUUUCUCAACAAAUGUAGCAUUUACCCUUUUAUUCCCUCUCAUUUCAUACAAUGAAAUUAGGUAUUUAUUUUCUUAUUCCCUUUCAUUUUUACUGAAUGAAAAAUGACUGCAUCGUUUUUGUUAAUGUUCUACAGAAUUAAAAUGUGUUUUUAUUUGGAUUUGUUUGAAACCUAAAUGCAAUGUUUCUAUUAAGUCAGUAUUCAGUGCAUUAAGGUAUUUAGGGUAAAUAGUGCAGUAACACUACAGUCAUUUUAAAUGCUCUGAAUGGGUGUAAUUCGGUAUCUACUGCACGGAAGUUUUGUGAAUUAAGAUGUAUUAAAUAUGUUUUCUGUGGCCCCAUUCAGAGGAUUAUAGGCAUAUGUCUUUAUGCCCACAGAUUUUGUCAAAUAUUUGGCUUCUACGAAUUUCAUACGAUAAAGUCAGUAUACGUUUCCUGGCUUGCAGUAGACUUUCAGUCUGUACUACAAAUAGUUGCCCUUACAUGAUAUGCUGGUAUUGAUGACAUUUUUCCCCAAACAUCAAAUAUACAGUAGUGCACAGAUAUUAUCACAUUCAUCCAGCAAGGGGUUGAUCUCUCUGCUUGACGUAACAGACACUAUUUAUGAGUCAAUACAUUCGUAGGAAUGAUAAGCAUAGAUACGACUUUUAUGGUUAAUAAACUUUAUCACUCUUAACUAUGAUUAAGUAUGAUAAUCUUUGAUAAAUUGUUGUUCCCAGAAGCAAACUAUCUUGAUGUCACAUGACAGGAAAUGUUUAAAACAGACCGGACAUGCGUGUUCUCCCAUAUUGAUUACAAAGAUUGUUCGCCUGGAUACAGUUGUGCACUUAAUACGAUGUAUAUCCACCAUCAAUAAACUUUUAUCAAGACA